AUGGCGACCCAACCUAAAGUACCCCGACCCAGUAAUGAUACUGGUGCUGAUGGAGAACUAAGUUCGACCAAUACUCUCAUCGAUGAAAUUGAGGAAGUUCAAAAUGCCAUUGACAAUCUCAAUGAGCAAGCCAGUGAAGAGAUCCUAAAAGUUGAACAAAAGUUCAAUAAGAUGAGACAACCUCACUUUGAGAAACGGUGUGAGCUAAUUUCCAAGAUCCCCAACUUCUGGCUCACUACAUUUAUUAAUCACCCCCAGUUGUCAGACUUGCUUACGAGCAAUGACGAGAGUGUAUUAAAGCAUUUGAAAAAGGUGGAAGUUCAGGAGUUUGAGGACAUCAAGUCCGGUUUUCGAAUUAACUUUCACUUUGAGAAGAAUGAGUGGUUCAAGAACAGUGUGUUGACGAAAGAAUUCCACUUAGGAGAUAGUGGCGAACCAUCUUCCACAUACACCAAGAUAGACUGGUAUCCAGGCAAAGAUCUGACAAGCAAUUCAUCUAAUUCAAAGAAGAACGGUGGCGAUCAAGCUAAGAAACGGACGUUCGAGGAUCAGACACAAGAUAGUUUCUUCUGCUGGUUUACAGAUGAAUCCUCAGUAUUUGGUGACGAGCUGGGUGAAGUGAUAAAGGAUGACAUCUGGCCAAAUCCACUCCAAUAUUACCUCUCACCAGAUUUAGACGAAGAAAAUGAAAACGAUGAAGAGGAUGAAGAUGACGAUGAUGAUCAGGAUCUCGACGAGGAUGAAACUGGUGUAGCGGAUGUUUAA